AUGGCGACUGCAAGCGAUGCAAAUGCUUUGGGGUAUAACCUUAAGGUGGACUAUGUCAUCCAUUAUACUUUUCACGAUCUAGAGAAGUCGCAAGCAAUCUCCCAGCUCCGGAAGCUGCUCCAGACCCUUUCUGAUGUUGGUCUCGAAUGUGAGGUCCGCCAAGGCGACGAGUCGUCUUUGCUGGUCUUCGUGCGCGCUUCGAAAAAUCGGCUGAAGCGGGCAGUGUAUCGAUCCCGGGUGCGUGACUGGCUCUAUGGUAUCCGCAAUACGGAACCAGAGCCUGCCGGCUCGAUUGAGCCUCAGAACGAAGCUGAACGAUUGCGAGUGAUCAACCACAUGAUCACCCUCCCCAGCGAAGAAGGCGGCGCCGGCAUCACUCCGAAACACGGCGAGUGGAAGAACGUUACCGCCGUUUUCCCUCUACACGAUGAAGAAACAAAUAAGAAAUGGUUACAGGCGUGGAGUCAGAAGACUUUCCUCUCGGACGAUGAUCUGGACCAGAUUCGGAAUAAGUUUGGUGAAAGUGUUGGAUUUUACUUCUCGUUUCUGCAGUCAUACUUCAAGUUUCUCAUUUUUCCGGCAGUAUUUGGGUUCUCCUGUUGGUUUCUUUUGGGUGGGUACUCAGUUGUCUACACCAUGGUCAAUUCGCUGUGGUGCAUCAUCUUCGUUGAAUACUGGAAACACGAAGGGCAUUUCAGCGGUACAAACCAAGCGACGAGAAUUCAAGGCCGAGAGAGAGAUUCGCGACGAGAGUACCGGCGAGAGGCGAGGGUCUUCUCUGCAACCAGGCGCAUGCAGCGGCAGCUGCUGCAGAUUCCAUUUGCAUUGUUUGCUGCAAUUGGACUUGGUGUCAUUAUUGCAACAUGCUUUGCUAUAGAGAUCUUUAUCGCCGAGCUCUACAAUGGUCCUUUGAAGACCUACCUGAUAUUCAUUCCAACUAUUCUAGUCUCCGCACUGGUACCGACAAUGAGUGCCGUGUUAAUGUCGAUUGCGACCAAGUUAAAUGACUAUGAGAACCAUGAAACUAACGACGCUUACGAUGUCGCUCUGACCCAAAAGGUCUUUGUUAUCAACUUUAUCACAUCCUACCUCCCAAUCAUUUUAACAGCCUUUGUCUAUGUGCCGUUUGCGAGCCGCAUUGUGCCGUAUCUGGAUGUAUUCAGACUGACUGUCCGGCCCUUCGUAUCCAAGGAACACGCCAUUGCCAAGCGAUCUCACUUUCAAAUCGACCCAGCGCGUUUGCGAAACCAGGUCAUUUACUUUACAGUUACUGCUCAGAUUGUGGGCUUUGCCAUGGAAACCAUCGUGCCAUACCUGAAACAACAUGCGCUUCGAGAAUACAAGGCAUACAAUAAGAAGCGCAACGGCAUGUCUGAGCAAAACGGUGACAAGAGCUCCCCCGAAAGAUCGCCCAUCAUGUCCUACGACGAUCCUAUUGAGGAAAAGGAAUUUCUGAAGCGUGUACGCAAUGAAGUCGAGCUCCCCGAGUAUGAAGUGACCGACGAUCUGCGUGAGAUGUGCAUUCAGUUUGGUUACCUGGCUCUGUUCUCACCCACCUGGCCAUUAGUUCCGCUUUCCUUCUUUGUGAACAACUGGGUAGAGCUCCGGUCCGAUUUCUUCAAAAUCUGCAUGGAAUUCCAGCGCCCAGUCCCGCUGCGCUGUGAUACUAUUGGUCCUUGGUUGGAUACUCUGGGCUUUUUGUCCUGGGUGGGUAGUAUUUCGAGUGCGGCUCUGGUCUACAUGUUUAGCGGUAAUGCGCAGCAUGGGCCGAAUGGAGAGCCUACAGGGAUUAGAGGCUGGGCACUACUGCUAGUCAUCUUUUUCUCCGAGCAUCUGUAUCUGAUUGUGCGGUAUGCUGUGCAGACUGCGAUGGCCAAGAUUGAGCCUCCGAAUGCACGCAAGGAACGAGCUGAGCGCUAUCUCAUGCGCAAGCGCUAUCUUGAAUCCACACUUCAGGUUGAAGUCGGCGCUGACGAAGAGAAUGAGAAGAUUGUGCCUGAAGCUCCGACAGAGCUGUCCCGCGCUGCUCUGGAAGAAGAUGCACGACGGAACUCGAUGCACGCCACGGACCCUGCCGAGCGCUUCUGGAUGCGCCAGCGUGGCUGGAAUGAGUCAGCUGAGGUCGGUGCUGGGAUUAUCCAGGCACAGCCCCCGAAGAGUAGCAUGAAGAAGCAGCAGUGA